AUGGGAGAUUCUGAUGCUGUCGCCAAUAUGCCAGAGCCCACUCCCCAAUCCCCAACAUCACCGAAAUCGCGGAUCAGCAAACAUAUCAUCUUGACAACAUACCCCGGACAAAGUGGAAUCGAUCCUGUGCCGUUGGAAUGGGGAGCCUCAGAUGCCAAAGCCCGUGGCCCGAUCGUGGUAUCCCGCAGCGGAAACCUAGUGAAACGUCGCAAUGCCAUCGGUGCCCACGGAGGCAGUUACAGCAUCUAUAACGCGCUCGCCGUUGCAGCCGGUGAUCUGGAUGCAGACUUCAAGCCUGACUUGCGCAAUAGUCAGCCUGUUUUUAAUUUUCCGUGGCAAGCUGCUUGGGCGGAUAAGACCAAGAUUGUCUCGAUGGAUCCAUAUGGUCAUGAUAUUGUCAACCAGUACAAGGAGGAGUUGCAGGCUGGGUGGGAUAUUCGGCCUACAAUGGCUGUCACAAGGGCUAAUAUGAAGUUGGCGGAGAUUGCUGACGCCGUGCGAGAUGGCCAGUUGGAAGUGGACGGCAAUAUUGUUGUUGACUCCUCAGGCGAGGUUCGUGUUACCAAGGUUGCCGUGGAGCCGGUAUGGUUUCUACCUGGAGUAGCCGAGAGAUUUGGUGUGGAUGAGGGCACACUUCGUCGAUGUCUGUUCGAGCAUACUGGUGGCAGUUAUCCUGAACUUAUCACACGACCCGACCUCAAGAUAUUCCUACCGCCGAUUGGAGGCCAGACUGUUUAUAUUUUUGGACCGCCGGAGCGAAUUGCUGACGAGAAUGUCAAACUUUCCCUAAGAGUUCACGACGAGUGCAAUGGAAGCGAUGUCUUCCAAUCCGACAUCUGCACUUGUCGACCAUACUUGGCGUUUGGUAUCCGUGAAGCGAUCCGUGAGGCACAAAACGGUGGAAGUGGAGUGGUAAUAUACUUCCGCAAAGAGGGUCGCGCUUUAGGUGAAGUUAUCAAAUACUUAGUCUAUAACGCCCGCAAACGAGGAGGAGACACCGCGGACAAGUACUUCACACGGACAGAAAAUAUCGCCGGAGUGCGAGAUAUGAGGUUCCAAGCACUAAUGCCGGACGUUCUUCAUUGGCUUGGAAUCAAAAAAAUCGAUCGCAUGCUGUCGAUGUCCAACAUGAAACAUGAUGCUAUCAUAGAAACUGGUAUCAAGAUUCUUGAGCGAGUCCCGAUUCCGGAGGAAAUGAUUCCUGAUGAUUCUCGUGUUGAGAUCGAUGCAAAGAUCAACGCGGGAUAUUUUACGACCGGCAAGCAGUUUACAAUGGAUGAGCUCGCCCAGGUUAAAGGGCGGGGCUGGGAGAAAUGGGAGGAUGUCACCCAUUAA